AGAGUUUAAUUUCCUGUUCCUGAAACAGUGGUCUUAUAUGAGUAGCUGCGACUCUUCCCUUCAAGAGAAACUACGGCUAGGGAUUAGAAACCAUCUUUUGGGUAAAAUAACUUGUAUUAGUCAGUCAUUGUGAUUUUACGGAACUGCAAAAGAUUUGAGUCAAGAGAAAAGAUGCAAUUAUGUCAAAAAUUGUGGUCACAAAAUUUCGCGAAGGAAUAUUAAAAAGCAUGAUUUGUGGCUUCUUAGUACAUGCCACAAUAUUUACACCGCCUGUAAUACGCAGAUGUAUUUGAUUCUAAAUUUUGAUUCACAGGAGGGCCGAGUUCAUGUAAAAGGUGAAUUACGGUGAACCCGAGAAAAGACGACUGCGUUUGUUAGCUGGAAGGUUACUUAAAACUAACAUCUUUUGCUAAAACGAGGUAGGCUGAGUGAAACCGGAGGCCGAUCAGUUAAUAUUCGGAAUGAAAAUGUGGCGGAAGUAAAUCCUGUGCAGAUGGAAACAAAAAAGGAAAGACAUCCGAGCAAGUAUAAUGACCAGACUCACUGUGGGUUUUCCUUGGUUUUUAAAAAGAGUCUUUAAAAAAAAAUCAGCAAAGGAACACUGUAGAACAUAACUGAAGGAACGUUGUAUUUCAAGCCGGCUGAAAAUGAGGGGAAACUUCUCUAACGACAGAAACCUCAGCCCAAUUGAAGAUUUAUUCUGCGUGCCUGGUCUAGACAGUCAUGUAGAUACAUUUCUGUCAGCAUUGAAUAUUCUUCUAUCCAUCACUGCAUUUCUGGAGAAUGUCCUGAUCAUUGUUGCUUUUAAAAAGGUGUCGUCUCUUCAUCCGCCAUCGAAACUAUUGCUAGGUUGCCUGGCGACCACUGACCUCUGUGUGGGCCUCAUCACGCAGCCUAUCUACGCAUACGGUCUGUUGUCUCCAGAACAUUCCAAACGUUGUUCCCAUUCUGCCAUCCUUUCUAAGACGAUAGGUGUAAUUUUUUGCGGCGUGUCUUUGCUUACACUGACCACAAUAAGUGUAGACAGACUUCUUGCCCUAUUGUUAGGGCUAAGGUACCGACAAGUGGUAACUUUGCGACGAAUAUGGGCCCUCGUUGUUAGUUUUUGGCUUGCUAGCACUGCCUCCGCAAUAUUAUCACAUUAUUUCUACGGUGUUGCUUUGGCCAUUAUGUGCAUAGCAAUGUCAUUAUGUACAAUAACCUCAACCUUUUGUUACAUGAAAAUCUAUCUUAAUCUUCGUCAUCGCCAAACUGCAGUUCAAGACCAUGUUCAACAAAGACAACCGAACGGAGGGCGGCGUUCACUGAACACAGCACGUUACAGAAGAACAGUGACCAGCGCACUGUGGGUGCAGAUAACAUUUUUGACUUGUUAUACUCCAUUUGGUGUAGUCGCAGCUAUAUUUGUAGCUACUGGAUUACGCACGCCAUCUCUUGUCCUCGCUUGGGAUGUAACAGAUACUCUUCUCAUGUUUAACUCUUCUUUGAAUCCACUUCUGUAUUGUUGGAAGAUGAGAGACGUGAGGCAAGCCGUUAAGGAAACGAUCAAGCAGUUGAAUUGCUUCUCUGGUUAAUCGCCUUUUGGACCCGAAGGCCUAUC